UCGACUCAUCCAACCCGCUCUUACAGAGAAAUUCGCCACAGAAUGCCUGGAUGCCUACAAUUCUGCGCAGCGUGCUACCGCGCUAUCGUCGAUAGUUUUGCGCCUUCUGUCCCGCCUCCGAUUUCAUUCCCUGACUACGAAAAUCUGGGGAAUCUCAGCAUGUACGAAUUGAGCGUAAUGAUGGUGCAUCUCGAAUCCCUCACUUGGCAUUGGGAACGGUUGUCUCGCCAGAAGAACCUUACUCAAGAGCAGAGGGACGAUGCAGCGUUUAUUUAUCCUCAGUUCAAAGAGCAGCUUGCGAAGGUCCAGGCAGCCAUCGAGCUCAAGAAAAAUCCGCCCAAGAAUAGCAAGAACUUGAAAUACGAUUAA